AUGCGAAUCCCAUCAGUCAACCCGUUGUUGCUUCUUUGGUCGCUCGUUGCCGCCAUUCUCCCCGCCGGCGCCCAAGAUGUCCUUCGAUCCAGCUCGCUGGCGGCAUGCCAGGCGAAUUCCGAGUUCACAGCAAGCCUCUUUGACGUGGUCUUCACCCCCAACAACCUCACAGCUUCCGUUAACAUGAUCGCCACAUCGUCCGUAGAAGGCUACGUCGUUUUCGACAUUACCAUUCUGGCUUAUGGGUAUCAGGUCCUCCGAACCACCGUCAACCCGUGUAACUCGAAUCUCCCAGGGCUAUGCCCAAUGACGGCGGGCAAGAUGAACAACCCUUUCAACUUACCAGUUACCGAGGAGGCCAUCAGAUCAAUCCCCGGCAUUGCUUAUACCUUUCCAGAUCUCGAUGCUACGGUCAAGGUCUAUAUCAACAUGACCAGUGGCGACCGGGCCGGCCAGAGCAUCGCUUGCGUCGAGGCUGAUAUCUCCAACGGGAAAACUGUGGAUCUCAUUGGCGUGAAAUGGGCUACGGCCGCUAUAGCAGGCCUCGCACUCCUUUCGUCGGCAGUGGUUUCUGGGCUGGGCUACUCCAAUGCGGCGUCGCAUAUCGCGUCCAACACUCUCUCCCUCUUUGGCUAUUUCCAAGCCCUAGCCAUGCUCGGCAUGUCCAGCGUGCCGCUUCCUCCAGUCGUUCAAUCUUGGACCCAGGAUUUCCAGUGGAGUAUGGGCAUCAUCAAAGUCAACUUCAUCCAGGACAUCAUGACAUGGUAUCAGCGCUCAACCGGCGGCGAAGCAUCGGCUUUACUGGACACCCUCCAUACAGUGUCCGUUCAAGUCGAAAAGCGAGGUUUGUCGACGGCAUUAGAGGCCCCGGUCGCACUUGCGAAACGAGCGAAUAUUCAGACCUUCUUUGGCAGCUAUCUCGUCUAUGGCAUUCAACGAGUGGCCUUCCGCGCAGGAAUCGAGACGACCAACUUGUUCUUAACCGGUCUCACCUUCUUUUACAUCUUCGUCGUCAUAACGUCGCUUGCCGUGGUUCUCUUCAAGAUAGGUUGCGAGCUCGCUGCGAAGGCGGGGAUGAUCAAGGGCGAUACGUUUUCCGAGUUCCGCGCCGGGUGGCUCACCGUCCUCAAAGGCAUCCUGUACCGAAUGGUGCUCAUCGGCUUUCCGCAAAUGACGAUCCUCUGCCUGUGGGAGUUCACGCAAAACGACUCUGGCGGAGCAGUGACGCUGGCCGUGUUCUUCUUCUUUGGCAUGCUCCUGACCCUGAGCUACGCCGCAUACCGUGUUAUUCGCAUGGCUCGGCGCUCUGUCGCUCUGCACCGAAAUCCUGCCUACAUUCUCUUCUCCGACCCUCAAGCAUUGAACAAGUGGGGUUUCCUCUACGUGCAGUUCCGAGCCUCAGCAUACUAUUUUAUCGUUCCCGUCCUGGUCUACAUCCUGGUCAAGGGCAUGUUCAUUGCGCUGUCCCAGCACUCCGGAACCGUGCAAGCCGUCGCGCUCAUCAUCAUCGAGGCCACGGCACUUAUCGCGGCCAGUGUGCUGAGGCCAUGGAUGGAUAAGAGCACCAACUCGUUCAACAUCGCCAUCUGCGCGAUGAACUUUGUCAACGCUAUUUUCCUGUUCGUGUUUACGGACGUGUUCGGGCUCCCUCAACUGGUUAUUGGCGUCGUGGGGGUCGUCCUGUGGAUCGCCAAUGCCGCUUUCGCUCUUAUCCUCCUUCUCAUGUUGAUCAUCACCACCGGCAUCGUUCUGUUCCACAACAACCCCGACACCCGGUACCAAUUCAUGAACGACGAUCGCACAUCUUUCAUGAAAUCUCAGACUCAUAUCGGGACAACGAGUGAGUUGGACGCCCUGGCAGCAACAGCUCGUGGGGCCGGCAAACCGGCUCUCGAUCUUGAAGACGACGAAUCCGGCAUAUCGCACUCUGAGAAGAUGGUGCCCCGUCCAGGGACUGCGGGUUCCAUGCCAUAUUCGGUCAGAGACUCCGCUCGGAAUUCUGUGCGAAGCUCGGUUCGAGCUCCUAUUGACCCAUCUACGGGUCUGUACUCUACGGAAGGACAUCAUUUGAGGAAUCGACCAAGCGGGAGUAUAAGGGCACCAAGCCCUUUUGCAGCCUCGGCGUCGUCGUCGAAUGUAUCUGGACAUCAUGCCCAAAAUGCUGGGCCGAAGCCCCAGGGCGCCACAGGGUGA